AUGCGUCCCAACCUCACCUCGACUCCCGGCCUAUCCCUGCACACUUCGUUCCAACCUCCUCAAGACCGCGUGUGCAGCGAUGGCUAUUCCACGGCCAGCCCUCUCAGCUCCACUACCAACAGUCCCACUUCGUCGCCCACAUCCCCAUUCCGCCGCUUCAACCGUGGUUACCGCCCGACCUCCGGCUCCCGUUCCGAGACCAGCGACGCCGGCAGUCGCAGCCAGAGCCCCUUCCGCCUGUCAUCCGUUUUCCGUCGGCCCUCGCUUGUCUUCCUCCGCCAUCGUCCGUCCAAGGUCGAUCUAGCCCUCAGCGAGGAACGUACCCGGUGUGACGAGGAUGCCAUCGAGCGACAAGGUCUCGACCUCAUGGAGCCCCGCCCCGUCGACCCGGUCGGGAUCCCGAUGGACCUGAAUGCCAAUAUUUUCUCUUCUGUCGCGGGCGAUCGGUCCUCCGGCCAGAGUCAGGCUUCGCAAGUGUCCCAGCCGCGGUUCGUCAUGGGCGGUAUAUUCGAGGUCAUGGAGGGGCGUGCUUAA